AUGAUGGAGAACCAGACUUUAGGUCCAGAUGUUCUGCAGCUGGAGGGGUUGAAUGUCAGCCCCGAGUCCUCUGUCGCCGCCUUCGUCCUCCUCCUCCUCAUCUAUGUCUUCAUCAUGGUGUCCAACGUGGGCCUGGUGGUUCUGAUCUCCAUGGAGAGGAGCCUCCAUGAGCCCAUGUACCUGCUCUUCUGCAACAUGAGCAUCAACGAUGCUUUCGGGGCGUCGACCGUCAUCCCCCGCCUGCUGGCCAACGUUUUCCUUCCCAGCUCGCAGCGCUACAUCGGCUAUGUUGACUGUGCCGCCCAGGCCUUCUGUGCCCACUUCCACGCCAGCUCAGCCUGCACGGUGCUCAUGAUUGUGGUCUUCGACCGCUACGUGGCCAUCUGCAGGCCACUGCAGUACGCCGCCAUCAUGACCAACAGGAUGGUGCUGAAGCUGUUGCUGUCAGCGUGGCUGGUGUUGCUGGUCAUGGUGGUCAUCCUGGUGGGCCUCAGUGUCCGGCUGUCACGCUGCAGGUCGGUCAUGUUCAACCCAAUCAGUGUUUCUGCGAUCCUCCGCGAGAUUAUGAAAAACAAAACAGUUGAUCUGGAUCUUCUGCAGCUGGAGGGGUUGAAUGUCAGCCCCGAGUCCUCUGUCGCCGCCUUCGUCCUCCUCCUCCUCAUCUAUGUCUUCAUCAUGGUGUCCAACGUGGGCCUGGUGGUUCUGAUCUCCAUGGAGAGGAGCCUCCAUGAGCCCAUGUACCUGCUCUUCUGCAACAUGAGCGUCAACGAUGCUUUCGGGGCAUCGACCGUCAUCCCCCGCCUGCUGGCCGAUGUUUUCCUUCCCAGCUCGCAGCGCUACAUCCGCUAUGCCAACUGCGCCGUCCAGGCCUUCUGUGCCCACUUCCACGGAGGAACGUCGCACACGGUGCUCAUGAUCAUGGCCUUCGACCGGUACAACGCCAUCUGCAGGCCGCUGCGGUAUGCUGCCAUCAUGACCAGGAGGACGGUGGUGCUGCUGUCCACGUUGGCGUGGGUCGUCUCCUUCGUGGUGAUUUUGGUCAUGGUGAGCCUCAGCGUCCGGCUGUCACGCUGCAGACGCAUCAUCAACCACCCAUUCUGCGACAACGCUUCUCUCUUCAAACUGUCCUGUGAGAACGUCUUCAUCAACCACCUCUACGGACUCAGCACCGCCAUGGGGAUGAUGGCGUUGUCGCUGGGUGUGGUGCUGCUCACCUACCUGAGGAUCGCUGUGGUCUGUCUGAGCAGGAAGAACCAGGCGUUGAACCGCCGGGCGCUGCAGACCUGCACCUCCCACCUGGCCGUCUACGUCAUCCUGCUGUUGUCAGGCUUCAUCAUCAUCCUCCUGCAUCGCUUCCCUCAGCUGUCUGAAGAAAGGAAGCUGGCAUCCAUCCUGUUCCACGUGGUUCCUCCUGCUUUAAACGCCGUGAUCUACGGACUGCAGAUCAAAGCCAUCAGGGAAAAAAUUCUGAUCAUAUUCAACAGGAAGUAAUGACAGUUUUACAGAUGAAACGACUCUUUUGCCAACAAGGACCACUGAUCUGAAGCCUGGUUGUUUAUUGGAUGCAAAGGAUCUUUAUGUUGGUGACGACUGAGAUGAUGUGGUGUGGAGGUCGGAGAUCAGCACCUAG